AUGUUAAAUUUAUCGACAAGUCCAAGCAGGACUGCUUUGGGGAGUGCUAGGGCUUCUGCAAGUCGAGAGGGGCUCAUCAGUACUGUGGAAGGCUCUUUGGGGUCUUUGGCAAGAUCACAGGAAUGUUUAGACAAUAAUACAUUUUACGACUCUGAUAGAGUUUCAUUUAAUUCGGAUAUUGAUGAGGCAGAAUUUAGAAGGGCUUUGUUGAAAGAUAAAUGGCGACAACUCUUUGACAUGUUUGAUACAGAAGGUUUCGGAGAGAUUCCUGUUCAGGAGUUUAGAAGGGCGAUUUCCACUCAGGAAUUUAAAAGUAAUGUUUGUUCUGGAAAACGUGAAAUUUUGAAACAUCGUCUUUUGGACAAAUGCGAACAGACGACUGGCUUCGUCACUUUUCAGGAUUUUGUCAAUGUGAAGACAUUCACGAACCAUGCCGAUGCCGAUGCUGGUGGUGAUGUUGAUGGUGAUGGUGAUGUUAUCUUGGGCAGUGUUGCCCGAUGGCACACGUCAUAUAGAAAUAAAUAA